AUGGAAGUACCCCAGCCACCAGUGCACAGCAGACCCGACAACCUUACCGCAAGGCUCGUCACGAUCAUCAUCCACGAAAUGACAGCAUGUAUCUCGCGUUGGCGCGAUUAUGCCGCUUCCAGAGAUGCGCAGCUUCAGCACCUUCACAAAACCUGCCAACAACUCGAAGCACGGAUCGAAACGCAGCGUCACACCAUCAACGCGCAAGACGAGCGCAUUGCUAGUCUGGAGUUCGAAAUGUCUCCUAUGGAACUCUCAUGCAAUACCGUGUCGCCAGCGGCGUUUUCAAUGUCGCUCCAGGAGACUAGACGCAAGAUGUCGGGUUCUGUUGUAGAUCUGCAGUCAAGCUUCACAGGCGGCACCUUCGAGAAUGCUUUGCAGGAGACAUACGGCCAAGCACACGGCGACGGUGGUGCGGGCCUAGAGGGUGACACUUUAGCUCCAUUGAUGGCGCUGGCAAUGACCGCGGUAGAGGACGCAGCUGAACCGCGGGUUGAAGCAGAGGAGGUAAUGCAGAGCGAGAGCCUCAACCCGAAGAAGAGGCACCUGGAAGAGUACGAUGCUGUUUUGAAGCGGGUCCGGGAAAGUUGA